UUCAAUCUUGCGUUUUUGUCACCGAUGCAAGUGAUCUCGGAGCCGGUUACAAUUUCACAUUUUUAUGCUGUAGACAGCGCUUUGUCUACUAAAGUCGACAUUGCACGGUCAAGGAAACAUCUUCCUAUGGCAAGCUCUUAGGCAACCAAACCGGUCACACGUAAAUUGGAAUCUCUCGAUCGUUGUGGCUUCAUACAACUGGUAUCUACAUGUACCUUUAUUAGUAGGUCACCUCUUCAAAAAAGUUGGCAACCAGAUCCCUCAUUUUUCUUCUUCUUGUUGGACUGGAAGUAACAAAGUCCGACAAGCUCUUCGAAAUGUGUCCGACCCCCAAGGACAAGGCGGAACCAGCAUCCCCUGGCAGCGCCGCCUCUACCAAAAGCAGCAACAGUGGGAGCAAUAAUGAGGGCAAAGCCAUUGAUUCUUCGAUGUAUCCUUCGGAUUGGCCCCAAGCUGGUCCCGUUGACCUCAAGAUCCAUGACUUGCCCCACUUCUCUUCGUCCAUCGAAUGGUGGUAUGUGAAUGCCCACCUAGACUUGCAAGAUAACAACUCCAAAAAGAUGAAGAAGAAGAAAGAGAAAUCAACCAAAGAAGAAGAAAACGAGGAAAGCCAAGUUUCCGUUUUUGCCUCCUUCUUUCGGGCUGCUUCCGGGUAUGACGAAGAAACCCAUGAAUACGUAUUUGUUCACUAUGCGGCUUGGGCCAUCAUGGAUCAUCGAACCAAUCAGUACUACAAUGUCAGUCUAGUCGAUCCACGCUAUCCAGAGCUGAUCCAGGAGUGGUACGAAAAGAGUAAGAAUGACCACACAAAAGACAAUAGCAAGUACGAAGAUAAGCAAAUCAUGCAGGCUACUAUGGAAGUCGUCCGAAAAGGAAAGAUGCCAUAUCCUGAUCGUCUCUUGAAAAAGAACCCAACCAUUCUCGGCAAGGAUCUCUCGCGUCUCCCUGACAAGCAGAACAAGGAGUACGAACAGUGGCAGCAAAAACUGGCCGAGUACCAGCAACAGCAGACAGAACAACAACAACAACACCAAAAAACGGAAUCGACUGCGAAAGCGGCAAAUGCCAACAACAGCAAGAAGAAGAAGAAAAAGGGUAGCUGCUGUUUCCGAGCCAAAAGUGUCUUGAACUCGGUGGUUCAUCCAGAAUUGCCCUUGUUGACUCUGGCAUAUGACGACAACACGUUUGUGAAGAACAGCGAUGGCUCUUACACAUUGCAUCUGGAAGACAACGACGUGCAUCAUGUCAAGGCAUCCCUCACGUUCACGCCCAAAACGGAUGCCGUCCGCAACGGCGUCAAUGGUGUCGUGGAUGGACAUGGUCUUGUCCAAGAUUUCUUCUACUAUUGCUUGCCCAACUGUGACGUUACUGGUUCCGUAACUCUCCCCACGGAUGACGACAAACCGGACAGAUAUGACGCCAAGAUCCAAAAGAAGAACUACUUUGUCCUCGAUGAACAUGGCAAUGCCUGUCAAGACCCUAUGGAGACAAAGACACACAAAGUUUCCGGCAAGGGUUGGUACGACCAUCAGUUUGGCUGCAUGAAGCCUGAUGAUGGGCAACACAAAGACGUUCACAAGGACAACAUAGAAGGGAAAGCCGGAACCCAGACGUCCUACUCUUGGGUGAGUCUACAGUUGGACAAUGGCCACCAAUUCUCCUGUGCCGAGUACUUCUUUCAUAAAAGCGAAGAAGCUGAAGAUCGAGCAAAUGACAAGCCACAUUACUUUGCAAAUCUUUACACUCCCAAAGGAGAGCGAAUUCAGUUGGAUCCAUCUGAAUUUACAUUCAAAGAAAAGGGAGAUCCAUGGGUGAGCAUGAGAACUUUCUGUGACUACCCAGUUCACUGGGAAAUAUCUGUUCCAUCCAGGAAUAUCCAACUUGAUGUAAAGGCAGUAUUUGACCAACAGGAGUUCCCCACCGUCCACUCGACUCCAGCAUUUUGGGAAGGUUGUGUUGCUGUGACUGGAACAUUUGGUGAUAAAGAGAUCAGUGGCCGAGGUUUUGUGGAACGCAAGGGAUUUUGCCCUCCAGAGUCUCAAACUAUCAAGGGCUUCUUCAAGAGAGUGACUCGGGAGACACUGAAGUCGGUCCAGAAGAUUUUGCCUUUCAAUCCCGAGGGAGAAAAGCUUAAUGAGCUGGUAAGCCACAAGGAUAACCAACACUACACUGACCACCUUGACAACCAGCAGUUCUCCAAGGCCUUGGUGGAACCCAUCCGGCUUAUUCUGGAUCGUGGUGGCAAGUCUUGGCGAUCUUAUGUUGCGUUGGCUUGUUGUGAUAUUGUUGGGGGCAACAGCCAACCUGUCAAGGAUUGGCUGGCUCUCCCAGAAUUGGCCCAUGUUGGUUCCAUGAUUGUGGAUGAUGUCGAGGACCGCUCUCUGAUCAGGCGUGGUGGACCAUGUUCUCACAUCGUAUAUGGUGAGGAUGUGGCCAUCAAUGCAGGCACAAUGGCAUACUUCAUGGGCCAGAUUGUCAUCUACCAAGGUGAUGGAGAUCCCCAACAGAAAGUAGAUAUCUACAACAUGUACUUUGAGGCCAUGAGAGCUGCUCACUGUGGCCAAGCAAUGGAUAUCCAUGGGCUUAACUACAUGAUGUCAGAUGUGGUGGAGAAUGGUGGAGAUCUGUGCCUCCAGCGUGUCAUUGCAAUUCAUCGUCUGAAGACCUCUGCGCCAGUCAGCUACUUCACACGGAUGGGUAGUAGGCUUGGUGGUGGGAGUGAGGCACAAUCAAAUGGCCUUGCAGUUUUUGCUGAAGCUCUGGGCAUUGCAUUCCAGAUUGUGGAUGAUGUGUUGAACUUGCGAGGAUUUGUUGAUGGGUUGAAGACCAAGGGAGAAGACAUCACAGCUGGAAAGGUCACAUAUCCUGUAGCUGUGGCCAUGAGCCGACUCAAAAAGGAGGACAGGGCCAAGUUGUGGGAAUAUGUGUCUUCCAAGCCAGAGGACAUUGAAACCAUUGGGAAAGCUGUUGCUCUAAUUGACAAGGUCAAUGCCAUUGAUGACAGCUUCCAGGAUGCCAAGGACACUAUUGAGGAGGCCUGGCAGAAGCUAGAUCCACUUGUAGUGGAUUCCAUGGUCAAACUCAAUCUAAGAGCAUUCAGCCUUUACAUUCUGGAUAGAGGCAUGCCAACUGUUGGAUAGUUCCUUCCUGUAUUGGCGGUCAUGGCCAAGUGUUCGCGGGAGUAAGGAAACAAAUAAUCUAGCUUUAUACUGACAUUC